UCCACAAGGACUCCGUAACCUAACCCCGCCUGGCCUCUGGGCAGUGUUUAAGCUGAUGUGAGCAGUAGCCCGUAUCUGCUUUCUGUGCGUUGGAAAGUACACGGUCCAGGAUGAUGAAGGAGCAUCUCUUUUUAGAUUGGGUCCUUGGUUGGCUCUGGGUGGCCUUACUCCAGCGUCAACAUUGAGGUUCUGCAGAAGUUGGGGAAGACUGUGGAAACCAAAGAUGAACGGUUUGAACAAAGUGCCAACAACUUCCACCAGCAACAGGCAGAAGGCCAGAAGCUCUACAAGGACCUGAAGAACUUCCUUAGCGCCGUCAAAGUGAUGCAUGAAAGCUCAAAACGAGUGUCAGAAACCCUGCAGGAGAUCUACAGCAACGAGUGGGACGGUCACGACGAGCUGAAGGCCAUCGUCGGGAACAAUGAUCUCCUUUGGGAAGACUACGAAGAGAAAUUAGCUGACCAGGCAGUGAGAACCAUGGAAAACUACGUAGCCCAGUUCAGCGAGAUCAAGGAAAGAAUUGCCAAGCGGGGUCGGAAACUUGUGGACUAUGACAGUGCCCGACACCACCUGGAGGCGUUGCAGAAUGCCAAGAAGAAAGAUGAGGCCAAGACUGCCAAGGCAGAGGAAGAGUUCAACAAAGCCCAGAGUGUGUUUGAAGACCUGAACCAGGAACUGCUGGAGGAACUGCCCGCUCUGUAUCACAGUCGUAUUGGCUGUUACGUGACCAUCUUCCAGAACAUCUCCAACCUGAGGGAUGUCUUCUACAGGGAGAUGAGCAAGCUGAACCACAGUCUCUACGAGGUGAUGAGCAAACUGGAGAAGCAACAUUCCAACAAGGUCUUUGUGGUGAAGGGAGUAUCAAGCAGCAGCAGACGCUCUUUAGUCAUCUCUUCCCCAGUUCGAACAUCCGCAGUCUCCAGCCCUCUCACCUCACCUACCAGUCCCUCCGCGCUUGCUUUGAAGAAUGAAGGGGACUCCAUCUCAGCAAGUGAAGAAGAGCUGGCAUCUGAUCUGGCCCAGCGAGAAGAUGAUGCUGAGAUUAAAGAGCCCUUAAAAGACCAGGAAGAAGAAGUGGAAGAGUCUGAACCUAGCUCCUCUGAGGAGGAAGAGCCUCUGCCAGCUUGCAACGGCCCCGCCCAGGCCCAGCCCUCUCCCACCAUUGAGGACGGCAAGUCCCAAGAGGAAGCGCUCCCCGGCUCCCCACCUCCAUCACCAGGCGGACCCCUUCUCCCUUCAGAACAGCCCUCAUCUCCCCCAGAAGUGGUCCUCCGAACCCGCACCUCAAGUGAAGGGUCCGAACAACCGAAGAAGAGAGUCCCUGUCCAGAGGACCUCCGCACCUCCUAAUAGGCCGCCUCCGCCCAGAGCCACUCCCAGCCCCAGGCACUCCUUGGGGAACCUCCCCUCCAGCCCUCCAGCCUCUGAACAGGGCUCGCCCACCAGUCCUAGGGCCCUCUUGGAGGCUUCUCCUGACCCCCAGCCACCAGAGAAGCCAGUAAGAACUCCUGAGGCCAGAGAAAAGGAGAACAUCAGCAAUCUGAACCCAGAAGAACUUUGUACUUCCCCUACCUUGAUGUCCUCUGAGGUUUUUUCAGAGUCUGACAAGGCAAAGAAGAUAGAAGACAAGGAAGAGAACAAGAAGCCGGGCUUCGCUGACUCCCCUGAGAGCCAAGAUCAGCUUCACGUCUCCGCAGUUCCAGAAGAGAGCGACGUCAUGGCACCCGAGCCUCAAGAAGAGGUAUCUACAGUGCAAAAUGACUAACUCUGAAGAGGGACUGCCGGGCCCCCGCCCCCCCCCCCCCCCGCAGCACACACCUCCCCAAGAAGCUCCUCAGCUCAAGGGUAUACAGGUCAGAGGGACUUAAG